AAUGCUUGACCAAUCAUUGACGCGAUGCUUUGUCAAGACUUGUCAAACUUGGCUACUAGCUCCAUGUAGCUCCUGUUAGAAAAUAGAGGUUUAGAGUUGUUAGUCUUGGUCAUACAUCCUAGAAACCUGUAUGUCCAUAGAAUGUACUUAGUCCUAUCAAGAUCCACCAAGAGUGGCACCUUGUAUUGUAAACCAUAGGAUGUAAUUGCCAUGCAUGGAGGCUUGCUUUCCUGCCCUAUAACACGCAACCAAGAGUCCCACGACGGGGUACUCUUGUUCCUCCAAUUGUUUUCAUGGUACCAGAGCCGUAACAUAUCCUCACGGAUUUUUUUUUUCGAUCCUCCUCCCAUGGCCACCUCCUCCGAUGCCGCCACCAUGCUCCCGCUAAGUCUUCUUCCUCCUGUUACCGAGAAGCUCACAAGAGGCAACUACAGCAUGUGGCUUGCCCAGGUUUCAGCAAAUCUCCAGGGCGCCCAACUCUGGGACUUCACCAAACCCACCUCCACACCACCGCCAGAAUUAUUGCCGGCGACUACCACUACCGACGGCAAGAAAUCUGAGCCUACCGCCAACCCUGAGUACACGCGCUGGCUUGCCAGGGACAGCCAAGUUCGUGGUUACCUCUUCUCGUCGCUCUCCAAGGACAUCUUCUCCCAAGUUGCGACGUCCACCAUGGCGGCCGAAGUGUGGGCUGCCAUUCAGACGCUCCAGGCGUCCCAAUCCCGGGCCUGGAUCAUGGCCACCCGCAUGGCCCUCGCCACGACGACCAAGGGAUCAUCCACCACAGCCGAGUUCUUCACCAAGAUGAAGGGCCUGGCCGACGACAUGGCGUCGGCCGGCAAGAAGAUCGAGGACGACGAGUUGAUCUCCUACAUCCUCAUGGGUGUGGGGGAAGAGUAUGAACCAGUUACGACUUCAGUUGCAAAUCGCACUGAUCCGAUCUCUCUUGCAGAACUACAGGCGCAGAUCGUGAGUUUUGAACAGCGCCGCGAUAUUCGUGGCGGUUCCGGCGGGUCGCACUCGUCGGCCAUGAUGUCUCGCCGUGGCGGCGGGCAACACAACCCCAACAACAACCGCGGUCGUGGCAACCGCGGUGGCUACGGGCGUGGCCAUCCACGCGGUGGUCAAGGCGGCGGUGGUCGCGCAGGUGGUGGACGUGGGCGCUUCGCCGGCGUCCAGUGUCAGGUGUGUGGCCUCAUUGGUCACGCCGCGGCACGAUGCUACAAUCGGUACGACUCCAACUACGACGGAACUGCACCACCAAAAUCUGCAUCGGCUGCCACUACUACCUCCUACGGAAUCGACACAAACUGGUAUGUGGAUUCCGGCGCUACAGAUCACAUCACUGGCGAUCUUGAGAAACUCACCGUCCGGGACAAAUACCAAGGAGGCGAUCAGGUUCAUGCCGCAAAUGGGUCAGGAUCAGGCAACGGCGAAAACAAUCUUCCAGGGUCCAUGUGAGAAAGGACUCUACCCCUUGAAGCAUUACCUGCAUAAAGAAGCCCUUGGCACUUUUAGACCUACUAAGACCAUUUGGCAUCACAGGCUUGGCCACGCAUCCUCCAAAGUCGUCGACCAGAUUCUCCACCAACAUAAACUUUCUUUUGUCAAAGAGUCCAAUAAUAAUAAUAACAUUUGUGAUGCAUGUCAAAAGGGCAAGAGUCAUCAGCUACCCUACCCUACUUCUACUAGUAUAUCUUCUCGUCCUUUCGAACUUGUUUUUUUUGAUGUAUGGGGACCGGCUCCUACUUCUGUCGGUCGACAUGAUUACUAUGUUAGUUUUAUUGAUGAUUAUAGCAAAUUUUCUUGGAUCUA